AUGAUUGUUGACCCUGUCGAGGCCUUCAAGGCCACGAGCUCUGUGGCUCCUCUGCCCACUGUUGUUCCCUCUCUUCCCGAGUACCAGACCAUCACCGAGACCGGUACCCGCACUCUGUGGGCCGUCUUCGUCCUGAUGCUCCUCCCCAUGAUUGUCUUUGUUGGCCUCUCUUGGACUACUCCCAUCUCCAAGCGUCUCUACCACAUCAUCACCACUCUCAUUGUCACCUUUGCUUCCCUGUCCUACUUCGCCAUGGCCACUGGCCACGGCAUCAGCUACCACCGCACCACCGUCACUGACUCGCACCGCCACGUCCCUGACACCACCCACGACGUCUACCGCCAGGUUUACUGGGCCCGCUAUGUCGACUGGAGCUUGACCACUCCUCUUCUCCUCCUCGACCUGGCUCUGCUUGCCGGCCUCAGCGGUGGCCACAUCCUUUUGGCUAUCGUUGCCGAUGUUAUCAUGAUUCUGACCGGUCUCUUCGCCGCCUUUGGUAGCGAGGGUACUCCUCAGAAGUGGGGCUGGUACGCCAUUGCUUGCAUUGCCUACCUCGUUGUCAUCUGGAUGCUCGCCGUUCACGGCCGCGCCAACGCCAUGGCCAAGGGCGGCAAGGUUGGCAAGUUCUUCGCUUCCAUUGCCGGCUUCACUCUUGUCAUCUGGACCAUCUACCCUAUCGUUUGGGGUAUUGCCGACGGCUCUCGCAAGAUGACCGUUGACCAGGAAAUCAUUGCCUACGCCGUCCUCGAUCUGCUCGCCAAGCCUGUCUUUGGUGCCUGGCUGCUCUUCACCCACCAGAGCAUGCCCGAGACUCAGGUCGAGCUCGGCGGCUUCUGGACCCACGGUGUCAGCAGCGAGGGUGCUAUCCGCGUUGGUGAGGAUGAUGAGGGUGCAUAA